AUGUUACAAGGCAUUACAAGAUCCGAACAAGCGGGCUUACUGCCUCAUCAUCACCACCAUCACCACCAUCACCAUCACCAAUCGUUGACCUCCCACCAUGGGAUCGGCACGGGAUCAGCGUGGCCGCCUAACCAUCACGACGAUCUCGCACACAAAGUUGGUAACACUGCUGAUUACGAUGGUAGGAUUAUUGCAACGCGUGAAUUAGACUUGGGACACAGUGGUGUUAAUCAGCUUGGCGGAGUGUUCGUUGGUGGCAGACCGUUACCAGACUCGACAAGACAGAAGAUCGUCGAACUAGCCCAUUCCGGAGCCAGACCCUGUGACAUAUCGAGAAUCCUACAGGUAUCCAAUGGAUGUGUGUCAAAAUCUAGGAAGGCAAGUAUUUUAAAAUUGGAUCCAUAUUGUCUAUACUAUAUUGGAAAAAAACAUAGACCAUAG